AUGGAUAAACAAUCCACAUUUCAGCUUCCUCCUUGGCUCAAGGAUCACCGAGACCUGUUUUCCUCGCUCCUCACGCAGGGCAACGAGGUCUGUCAUGUGAUGCUGCGUGCUCUCGAGACCCGGCUGCAGCUUGAGCCCGGGGCCCUGAUGUCGCUGCACCGACGCGAGGACCCGUCUUACGACUUCCUCCGGGUGCUGCGAUAUCCUGCCACGACACCAGGGGACGAUCCGAACGCGGCCAAAUUUCCUCCUCACCGUGACUCGGUCAGCGUCGCCAUGCUUUUCACUUGGGUCGGCGGUCUGCAGAUUCUGGAGCCAGACAGCAGCAGCGAGAACCCGAAACCGAACCCAGUUACGGGUAGUUACAACGAGGCCAACUGGCGCUGGGUCGAGCCCGUCGAUGGCCACGUCAUCGUCAAUAUCGGCGACGCUCUCGCCGUCUUGACUAACGAGGUGCUCCGUUCCGGCUUCCACCGCGUCAUUGGCGCCCCUGCCGAACAGGCCAAGCUCGACAAGUACAGCGUCCUGCUCGGAUACCGACCGGCACUCGACACGCCCAUGAAGCCUUUCAUCAGCCCGUUGAUCCCACAGCUGUCCGAGGAGCAGUCCAGCAACCCGGUCCAGACCUGCCAAGAGUGGGGAAUGGAGCGAGUCGCCAAAGUCUAUCGCGUGCUGGAAACCCGAAAGACUUGACACAAACGCCUGUGUGUGGGGCACACGGACACUCUCUUGACAUUUUGACAAGUUGAAGUUUUGGAAGAGAAUGACCAUCGACAAAAUCACCCGCUGGAUGCUCAACGGUUUCGGGAAACCCGAGCAAAUGUGAAGCAGUUCGGCAGGUUGUGGCAAAGUAUAAGCACCAUCAAUGUUGUUUGACCAAGAGACAU